AUGGCAAUAAAAAAUAUAGACAUAAUAUGUCAAAAUUCAAGAUACGUUGUCCUUAAUAAACCAUCUGGUGUUUUAUGCAAUGGGUAUACUCCUGCCUGUGUCUUGCCACAGAUUACCCUAGCAUUUAAAAAAUGGAAUCCAGAUAGAAAACUCAAUCCUAAGCAAUUUCAGCUAGUGCAGAGGCUAGAUAGAUACGUCUCUGGCGGAAUGAUUGUUUCUCGUAAUAAAAAAUUUACAAAGAAGCUUAAUCAGUCGUUGAAGGGGGAAGAUGACUCAAUUACAUUUACAAGAAGGUAUGUGGGAUUAAUCAAGUGCAAUGGUUUGAAGAACCAUCUCAAGAAAAUCGAUAGCUCGAAAAGUAGCCUUAGCAUCGAUCCGACUCUCUCAUUUGGUGUUAUAAGUCUAGGAAUUACAAAGCAUUUGUCCCCUAAAGCUCGACCGUCAAGCACAAAAUUUAAAAUACUUUACGAUCAUCUGAAAUAUGUACUGAACGAUAAAUAUCCCGAACUUUUCAACUCCUAUAUCUAUCCAGUAAUAUUUGAGUUGAAAACAGGUAGAAAAAAUCAAAUCAGGGACCAUUGCUUGGCUGCAUUUGGUUUACCGCUCUUGAAUGAUGAUAAGUUUCUCCAUCUCAAACAUCGUCAAGAAAAUCCAAAUAGUUUGCUUUUCAGAUCAAACCAGAUAGGCUUGCAUAGUGGUUUUAUCCGCAUCAAAGAUGAAGAGUACCAGUUCCCGAUUUUCUUCGAGCCAGAUAGGGAACUUUGGCAGGGAUUCGUAGAUGAACUGGGAAAUUUUACAGAAGGUAUUCAAAACGAGUUGGCUAAACCUCAAUCGCUUCUUUGA